AUGGCAGACGAUAUCGAUGAGGAUACCCCAAUGCGAACUGAGGAUAAUCCAUCCGACGACGACAGUGGUAGUGACAGUGAACAAAAUGGCGGAGAAGGAGAAGUUGAAUGGAUGGUUACAUCGCGACAAAAACGUUCAACUGCAGGAAAUCGAUUGAAUGCUUUAUUACAACAAGAAGAACCGGAUGAUGAAUUAGAACUUUUAUUCGCAGAAGAUGAAAAUGAGGAAGAUCAUGGAUUCGUUGAUGUGGAGGCCGAUUCUGAUGUACAAAUGGAUUCUUCUGAUGAUGAUGAUGAUGAAGGACCUGCAGCUGGCGCAGAUGAUCUUGAAGGGGAGAAAGAGUUACAACGGAAGGAAAAGGCAGAACGAUUGGCAAAGAAACGGAAGAUGAAUGAUGGUAUACCAAAGAUAUUCAAAAAGAGAGUUAAGAUCGAUCCUACGACUCCCUCCAAGCCUGCUCCAAGACCAAAGAAAAAGUCCGAACGCGCUUCAUGGAUUCCAACUCCAGAAGAUGCGCCAACUCGAGCAUCGGCUCGUGGUACUACGAAAAAAAGUAAAGAACAGUUACAUGCGCAAAUGAUAGAUCGGGAGAAGAAGAGGUUAAAACAGUUGGCGAAUAUGGAGAAAGCCGCUGCAGCAAAAGAAGCCGCAAGGAAACCAGCCAUGACACAAGAAGAUAGAUUGGCAGAAGCUGCAAGGGUGGAAAAGAGUAAUUCCAAGAGUUUAAGUAGAUGGGAAGAAGCGGAACAACAAAGGGAAGAAGAACAGAGGUUAAAAUUGGCGGCAUUGCAUAAUAGAAAAUUAGAAGGUCCUGUUAUUACCUGGUGGAGUGGAUGCGCGACAUGGGUAGGAGGAAAAUUAAUUGCAAUUGGAUCGAAGAAACUCAAAUCGGAUGAAACUAAGGAAAAGUCGAAGAAGAGAAAGACUGGGGAAAUGGAGGAUGAAAAUGAACCUGGAUCACCGGAAUCAACUACUUUGAAAGGUUGUACUAUUCAAGGCUCGGCUGUGGCCAAUGCGCCAGUUAGUGAUAGAAAGGAUUCGAUACCUGGAAUCGCCUCGGGAAUCGCUACAAGUGAUGCAGAUAAAGAUGGAGUUUCAUUGAAGCAGGAAUCUACAUCAAUGAUUUCUGAUGGCAAUCUGCAUCCUCCUCAUCCAGAAUCACAACUUAGUAGUAUUCUCAAGCCACCACAACUACCAACCAUUCCUCCAUCUAGCAGUAUCCUUCAACCACCUACCAGCAUCCUUCAGCCACCCACCAGCAUCCUUCAGCCAUCCACCAGCAUCCUUCAACCACCCAAUCAAACUUCUGGAGCUGUCCCAAAUAUAAGUGGACUUCAACCACCACAUCAAACUACCGGUGCCGUUCCUCAUAUCAAUGGACCACUUCAACUUCCACAAUCACAUAAUCACGCCGUUCCAAUCAUACCUCACCAAACACCAUCCGCCGUUCCUCCAUUCUUCCUUCAACCUCCAUCCCUUGAUAGUUCUAAACCUCUUCCUAGUUUUCAACCUCCGAAUACAAACUAUCCUCGUUUAAUGCCUUCUCAAACAACUCCUUUCUCUUUUACCGCUUCUCAACAUUAUUCUCCUUAUACUUCAGCUCCUCCUCUACCUCCUCCACAACCACCUGUCACGGAAUAUGCGCUUAGGAAUUGUCUCAUCUUGACAAAUUUCAAUGAAGAAGAAAUUAAAAAUAAAGAUAUACAAACAAGGAUUUUGUUUAAUCAAACAUUUCCUAAAGCUCCUACCAAAACCAAAACUCCCUCAUCAAAAUCCCACACCCUCUGCGCAAUAACCCACUACCCCGCCAAAUUCCGCGAUCCAAAAACAGGUCUCCCAUAUUUAAAUUCCUACGCCUACAAGGAAAUUCAAAAAUUAAGAAGAGGUGAAUAUAGAUGGAGUAAAUUACUAGGUGCAUAUGUGGGAAAUGCAUCGGUAGCAGCAAGAGGUGUACCGGGAAGAUUUUUGAAAGGUGGUGAGAGAGAUGUACCCGUGACGUCGGGUAUUAUAGAAUCUACCCAUCGCACCUCCAGUGGUUAUGGAACAACAAAGUCUAGCUCUGGAGAUUAUGGCGAAAAUGAUCAGAUAACCUCGAGUGGAUAUGGUAGAGAUAAACCCAGCUCUACUGGAUUCGGAGACGACGACCAAGAUAAACAAUUCUCAGGAUUGUAA